AUGGAGCUCCAGCAGCAGCAGCAGCAGCAGCAGCAGCAGCAACAGCAGCAGCUGCUGCUGCAGCAGCAGGCAGAUGAACGGCCCCCACAGCUGUCUGCUGAGGGUUUAGGUUCUGAGGGUUUAGGGUUUGAGGGUUUAGGGUUUGGGGGUGAGAUAAAGAGACGGGGUAAACAGGCUAGCAACCGAAGGAGCAGCAGCAGCAGCAGCCGCAGCAGCAGCAGCAGCAGCAGCAGCAGCAGCAGCAGAAAAAAAAACAAUAGAUCUGUUGCUCUUCGUAUAAUUGGUGCUGUAUUAGUUAUGCUGCUAGCAACACAUAUAUGCCUAAUCAAAGGCAGCAGCAGCAGCAGCAGCAGCAGCAGACGCCUAGCAGCAAGACAGCCCCCUGGAGAUGCAGAUGCAGCAGCAGCAGCAGCAGCAGCAGCAGCAGCAGCAGCAGCAGCAGCAGAUAACUAUAACCUCUGUUCUCUUAUAUCUCAUGUCCCUCAAUUCUCAGCAGCAGAAGACAGCAGCUUAGAGGCAGAUUUCAACAUGCAGUUGCUGCUGCAGCAGCAGCAGCAGCAGCAGCAGCAGCAACAGCAGCAGCAGCAGCAGCAGCAGCAGAACCCUUCACAACCUGCCUAUACACCCGAUCAUCUGCUGCUGCAGCAAGCGCUAGAGGAUGUUGAUAUAGAGUUGCUGCUGCAGGCGCUGGGAGACACAGCAGCAGCAGCAGCAGAGCAGCAGCAGCAGCAGCAAACGCAUGCAGCAGCAGCUGCUGCUGCUGACUCUUCGUUUCCUUUCUUCUCCGCCUCUAUCGAUGAUGCUUCUGCUGCUGCUGCUGCUGGAUGGCUCGCGCCGUGGGCAACAGCACCUGCUGCUGCUGCUGCUGCACCUGCUGCUGCUGCUGCUGCUGCUGCACCUGCUGCUGCUGCUGCACCUGCAGCAGCUUUUACAUUUGGGGGGUUCAACACACUGCUGCACCUGCUGCUGCUGCUGCACCUGCAGCAGCUUUUACAUUUGGGGGGUUCAACACACCUGAAACAGCAGCAACAGCAGCAGCUCCUGCUGCCUUUGCUCCUGCUGCUGCUGCUGCUGCACCUGCUGCUGCUGCAGCUGCUGCUGCACCUGCUGCUUUUCUUCAUACUGACAACUGGAGCAGCUUAG